AUGGCUUCCCGUCGUCACAAUAUCGGUGCUAGCCGGCGAAAGAGGAGAGAUGAGGAAGGAGAGGAUGAAGGCUCUAUAGAUGGAGAAUUGGAGGAUGAUUCCUUGAGUGAUGGGUCUGGUAUCAGCAACCCCGAUGACGAUGAUGCCGAUGGUGAAGGCAGCGAUGACAGCGAUGACGAUGGGGUAUCUACGUACCCGCAGGUGGGUGCCAACGGCCGUCGUCGAGUUAAUGGUCGUGUGCCCGAAGCAAACCAAGAGUUGGCACGGCGCCAUUCUGCCUCACCUAGGAAACAUCCCCUGAUGACCGCUGUGUCGGAUACGGAGGCCAUGAUGAAUGGACUGAAAUUAUUGGACGAAUCGAGCGACGUGAUGGAGGUACACUUUGACGACUUGAAGGGGGAACCCAACCAUCAGACCGAAAGAGCACCGUCUGCCCCUCCUACAGAACCAAAGCGAGACAAGUUCUUGGAUAGAAAGCGUCGUGAACAAGAAAGACACAUAAGGGAAAAGGACGAAAGCCCAGUGUUUGUACCUACCCGAGGUAGCUUCUUUCUACAUGACAAGCGUUCUACGGAAACAGUGACAAACGGCCACAAGCCGUUCAACAAAUCGAAAUCAAGGCCGUAUGGCCUCAUCGUGGAUGGUAAUGUUCGCAGGACUUCUUCCAAACCAGUUGCCAGCGAGGGACUAUGGACACAUGAUCUUCACGAUACAGUCGCUGGGGAUGAGCUAUCUGUCUCGAAGCCCUCUACCACAUCAGCUCUGACAUCUAUCAUACCCCCGAAACCUGUUCCUACGGCCCCUAGAUCCUCACCCCCCAACAGGUCUUUUUCAAGCACUACAUUAAUUGGAAAUGUGCCUGUCGUAGUAUCCCUACCGGGCAUGGAGCGUCCGGUCCCUUAUCCUUCUGUUUCAAAGAAGCAGCACACACGUUUACCUCAACAUCGACCCCCUCUACGUCGAGACAAGCCCGUUCGAAUCUCACUACCAGGCCAACCUCCUAGGUAUAUACUACCUGCGACAGAGAGAUCUUUCAUUUUUAUUCCACGAGCUUUACGACCUAACCAACAGACAUUUCGAGGUCGUGGCCGUGGCGGAUUCUACGGAGGACGGCGUCCUAGCCUUUAUGCAAACUCUACCUACACAUCGAGUAUCACCGUGAGUCGAAGAUCAUCAUUCGGAAAGGCGCCAUCUCAAGAGGGAUAUAACUCGCCGGCGGGUUCAGUUCUCUCGAGGCACACUAUGGUCACAACAGAGAACGGCAAACCAGUGGUCCGCCUUCCUCCAGCUGGUAGGCCACCUGGCAGCGUUGGAGCGCCGACAACUGCUGGACCAGCAGCUGCUCCGAUUACUGUACCGCAACCUCUUCCUCAUCCUCAACCACCAAAUCCCGUCUUUCGGGAGAGCCGUCCGGCUCCGAUACCCAUGCAUCAGCCUCGUCCGCAAAAGGCAGUCUCCCUCGCCGAUAUUGAAACGCCGGCGAGAUUCCCGUUCAAUCCUCCCCAACCACAGCAGGAACAACCAUUCCAUCAUCAGGUCCCUGUGUCUGCAAAUGGUUCCGGUUAUGGUCCUGAUGCCUCUGGUCACCCCCCUCCUCCCGCUCACAGAUCCUUAACGCCAACCUCCCACAUACAAGAUCGUACAUUUCAUGCGCCGUCUCAUAUGCCUGCAUACCAACAGGCGUUCUGGCCUGCCUCCUAUCCUCCAGGCGCUAUCUACUAUCCUAGCUCGGGAACGGAGUUUCCACCAUAUAACUCCGCUGUGGGACCAGGGCCAUCCGUACCGCCUUUACCUCCUGGACAACAAGCUCCAUAUAUGAUUCCCGCUUCCCAUGGCUCGACAGAACAACCGUCACUGUCAGGCACCGUUGCACACGAAGCUGGUGGGACAGUAUACUUCUACGACACCACGCAAAUGCCUCCUAAUUCCUCAUAUGCAAUGCCUGCUGCACCUGGGGUUAGUGCAGUUAUGGAUAUGGGCGCGCCUCCAGUUCCAUUCUAUUAUUAUCCGUACCCUCAGGGGGGCGUCUAUUACCCUGCCCAGUGA